AUAGGUGUCCAUUUGGGAACAAGAAAUGAGGAUUCAAGCAGCAAGAGAGCGAUUUUGGCAUCUAUUUGGGAAGGCAAAGCCAUUCUUGUGUGUAGUUUUUCUGCAGGCAGGGGUGGCCGGCAUGGAUAUCAUUUCUAAAGCUGCAAUGAACCAGGGCAUGAGCACCUAUGUGCUCGUUGUCUACCGCCAUGCCAUAGCCACCAUUUUCAUAUCCCCGUUUGCCUUUGCUUUUGACAAGAAAAUUAGGCCAAGGAUGAAUUUUUCUAUAUUUUGGAAGAUUUUGCUUCUCAGCCUGUUGGAGCCAAUUAUAGACCAAAAUUUCUACUUCUUGGGGAUGAAACACACCACUGCAACGUUUACAGCUGCUAUGGCAAACGUUCUUCCCGCCAUCACGUUCCUCAUGGCAUGCUUCUUCAGGCUCGAGAAGGUGAAGUUAAAGAGCACUCACAGCCAAGCCAAGAUAGUCGGAACAUUGGCUACGGUUGCUGGAGCGAUGAUCAUGACCCUAGUACGAGGCCCGGAUAUUCCUCUGCCGUGGACAAAAGAAGGAAGCAAGCAUGGAAAUCACCAAGGUGAAAUAGAUCUUCAGCAUUCAAUUAAGGGUGCUGUCAUGAUCAUCAUCGGAUGCUUCAGCUGGGCUUGCUUCAUGAUCUUGCAGGUAAUCACGUUACAAACGUAUCCUGCUGAGCUCUCUCUGACUGCUUGGAUAUGCCUGAUGGGAACGGUGGAAGGAGCGAUAGUCGCGUUAAUAAUGGAGAAGGGAAAUGCAACAGCAUGGUCCCUGAAAUGGGAUAUUAGGUUCUUUGCAGCUGCUUACAGUGGGAUAUUCUGUUCAGGGAUUGCCUAUUAUGUCCAAGGAGUAGUAAUGAAAGAAAGAGGCCCCGUUUUUGUGACUGCAUUUAGCCCACUAAGCAUGAUCCUUGUUGCUAUUCUGAGUUCCUUCAUUUUGGCUGAGAAGUUGUACCUAGGAAGGGUGAUCGGAGCUAUGGUCAUAAUUGUGGGCUUAUACUUCGUCGUAUGGGGUAAAAGGAAAGACUACAAGCCCCCUUCAGCUGGAGAACAAGAACCACCAGUUAAUCAAAGCGGAAACAUCGAUGAUCAAAGCAACGCACGGUCGGAUUUGGAGAUUGUUGCCGCUAAUGCCUCUGGCUGGGGGGCAGUUAACGGACGGGUGUAAUAAAUUUGUCCCGAUCACCUUAUGUAAACCAAAAACCCAGUGAGACCUCUUAAUAAGAGAAAAGUAUCUUGUGGUGAAAUGCUA